CGGUCCGCGGGCCAGCAGGAGCGCCGUCUGGUGUCAGGCGCGGCGCAUAAGUGGGAUUUAUGGGCAGCAGCUGUUGAGCGGCUGUCAGACGUGUGCGAGAAGAUCGUACUCUGCUCCCACUGCUGCUCGUCGAGCUCCCGUUACGUUGAAAGGAAGGCGGGCGAGCCUCGCCACGAGCGUGAUAGCAGAUGGUGGGUGAGCAGUAUGAGGGCAGCACAGAGGGCAGCAGCAUGCCCGCCAGGCCUGUGCCCGAGCACAUCUACAAAGUUGGCAUCUACGGCUGGCGGAAGCGUUGUCUCUACCUGUUUGUCCUGUUGCUCAUCAUCAUCCUGGUUGUCAACCUAGCCCUCACCAUCUGGAUCUUCAGGGUCAUGUGGUUCAACUCGGAAGGAAUGGGCCUCCUGCAAGUCCACUCUGAUGGCGUAAAGUUGGAUGAGGGGGAAUCCGAGUUCCUGUUGCCCCUCUACGCCGAAGAGAUCCACUCCAGAGAAGACACUCCACUACUUGUACACUCGGAUGCAGAAAAAGUUUACCUCAAUGCCCGCAAUGAAAACGGCGACAUCACAGGAAGGAUGUCUGUGGGUCCAAAACAGGCUGAAGGACACACUCCAAACAUGCUCGUCAGCUCUUCCAACGACAACAUGCUGUUCACAGCGGAUGGCAACCAGGCUGUGAUUGGGCCAGACAAACUGCGUGUCACAGGUCCUGAAGGAGCUCUGUUCCAACAUUCAGUGGAGGUUCCCCUUCUCAAGUCGGAGCUCUUCAAAGACUUGAGGCUGGAGUCUCCAACUCGUUCGCUGACUAUGGACGCUCCAAAGGGAAUUCAUUUAAAAGCCUUGGCUGGAAACAUUGAAGCGGAUUCCAACAUGGACCUUAUCCUAGAGUCCAGCGUGGGGUUGUUGGUGCUGGACGCCGAGACGGUGCGCAUGGCCAACCUGCCCAGGAGCCAAGGAGGAGUUUCCGGGAAUGCCGAAGGUCUCUUUGAGGUGUGCGUUUGUCCCAGUGGGAAGCUAUUUCUGUCCAAGGCUGGCGUCACCUCCACUUGCAGCGACAACCAGGAAUGCUAAAAUGUGUUUUUUGCAGGCUACAAGCAUUGUUAGAUUUUGUACUAUUUAAGUUUGUGUGGAUCACAGUGCUAAAACCCCACCAGCAGGGGAAGAUGUGCUUGCUGGAGGACAUGUUACACACAUAAACAGUACAAUGGCUGGGCAACAAGGAGCUGCUUUACAGCUUACAUCCUAUGCAAUAUAGUCUUGUGGUGCAAUAUUUACAAAGUGACACAUGUCGAGGGUUUUGGAGUGAUGUGAGGAAUAUAUAGAUUGAAUAGAUUAGUUGUGAUUUGUUGGAUUUUGUGGCUCCAAGUUUUGCGUGUUUCGUCACUUGUGAAAAAUAAUGAUUUACUGUCCUCAUGAGGCACAUGUACACAAUCUAAUGUGGUCCAAUAAAAGAUAGGCCUUUUAAACCGAUAUAGUGCACAGGACUCAUUUACGGCUAAAAGACAGUUCAGUCGACUUGACAUUAUGUCGUAGGCUAUUGUUGUCAUUUUGGAGAGGUGAAGGACUAAUAUUUAACCAUUUUAACAACACAAGGUGGUCAAAACAACAGCUCUCCACUUUUGUUACUACACUGAUUGUUAUUAUCCUUGCCAAGACUGAUUUUUUUGAUACAACAUACAUUUUGGAUCUGAUUAUAUAUGCAGGUGCAAAUAAUGCUGUUUUUGGGUUUAUAAUUAUAACGGUGUCAAAACCCAAGUUAUAGUUAAACUACAUUACAGGGUGAAUAGUCUAUAAUUUUUUCACACUGGGUAGAAAUUGUGUCCUAUAUACUGUCAAGCAAAACAAUACAUAACAAGUUUAUAGUUCAAAUUGGAAUUUAAUUAGGAUAAGUAUUCCCUCCCACAAAAGACAACAAUUACUUGUUUCAGUAUUUCAUGUGAUGGCAUUAAUAAUGUCACUAGUUUUGUGGUUUAGUUGCUGUUAAAAUCUGUCAUAUUUUAGUAGUAGUGUGGAAUGUGUAUUUAUAGCUUUUUAACAUCAAAUAAAUGUUGUGCUAUU